CUGCCAUGCAGUAAAGCAUAGAGGGGUUUGUGUGUGUCGAGUCGAUCAAGCCAGCCGUGUGCAUGCAUUCCCAUUCAUUUGUGGUUUAGAGACGGGGGACGAGUGUGUAGGUACCAAGCUAGGCUCUCUCUCAUAACCCAAUGUAAACUCACAUCUUUCUCCUCACUCAUUCUCAUUCGGAGUGGAGUGGAGUCGAGUUGAUUUGCGCUUGUUAUUUGCGGGAUUUGCAAUUGUACAUUCCCAUUCACGCUCAUUUUCGGAGGAUACUUGUAUGUCAGGAAUAUCAUCAGGAACCUGAAGGUUGUCCGAGGCUAUCUCUGCAGUGGCAGAUUUGGUUGAGGGAAGGUUCAUCCAUCUAGAAAAUGAGAAUAGCAUUAUCACCACUGUACUGCAGCAUCUGAUGUGACAGCAACAAGCAUAGACUGAUUCCUGAGCGGAGGUUGACUUGCAAUCAAAGGAUAGUUACAUGUGGAUUACGUUUUACCUGAUUUCAGGUUGGUGCUGAAUGAAGCAGAGUGCAACGUGAGGAACAUCAGAGUCCUGCAACCUGACCAGUACUGACCAGCAGCACAACAAUGCCCAGCAGACACCAAGGUGACCAGUGACAGAGGUCUGAUCAAGACAAGAACUAUUUCCCAAGAACUUCACAGCAAGGACUACCCCUCAUCCAUCUCCAUCUUCCCUCUGUAAAUGAGGUGACAUAAACAGUGUUCCGACAGCUGGGAAAACAGUCCCCCAGAUAUUCUCCUACAACUUCUCUCUUCGCUUCUGUUCACUUUGGAGGGUACUUGGGAACAAGAAAGCUUUGUUGUAUUUCCGUGCUCCAUCGGAGAAGGAAAUAAUUGGAAGAAGAAGAGGAGGGGGAAAAGAGGAUUAGCAUUGACUUGUUAAAGUUGUUUUGCAGCUCACUGAAUCCAGAGCUUUUUUGGGGUACUUCUUAACAUUGGGCAUAAGAAGGAAGGCAAACACAGAACUUUUUAUUGUUUGCUCGCUGAUCUCUCCGUAAGAGGUGUUAUAGAAGGAAUUAUUACAACUCAAGCUGGAAUUAUUGUUGUUCGAGAGGAGGAGGUGAACAGAGAAAAUCAGACAAGAUGGAGUCUCACUCAGGACCACACACAUGUUUAACAGUACUAGUGAUGUUUACCGUACUAGCAGUAAUGCUUGUAUCCCUUGGACAAGCCCAAGAAAUUAACGGCGUGUAUAGGGAUUGGUAUGAACCCCAAAGCAGAGACAAUCUUGGAGACGAAUCCGAUGCGCUGGAGCCCAGCUUUGGAGUCUGGAAACCAGUAUCACCGGGGUGGGGUAUACCCGAUACCACGGCAACGGUGGGAGUGGCGUUCAGUCAUAAGAUACCCAAAGAGGCUUUCAGGGGAGACGUAGAUAAGUACAUGUUGAAAGAAGUUGGAGCCCAGUCGCUUCCAUCAUGGCUGAACUUCAGCAACAAGACAAAUACACUUCAGGGAAUCCCAGGAAAGGAAGACCAGCGUCAGUACUACAUCUCAGUAACUGCAUUAGGAAAGGUGUCCAACCUCACCAAGGACAGUUCUAACACAAAGGAUGUCUUCAGCAUCAAUGUACUCCCUCAAGACACACCACAUACAAAGAGCACAGAUGAAUCCACUUCCAAGCACAAAGAUGGAGUGGUGGUUUGUCCACCAGAGAAGCCGGCUGUUCGAGCAACUAUCAUCCUAGAUGCUGACUGGUCACUAUUAACACCACAAGAAAGAAUCAAUAUGGUAUCCAAGUUGUCCAAGUAUUCCAGAAUACCCAUGACUGCCUUCAAGCUUCUCCCAGAGAAGGAUGACAACAAGGGUUACCAGGCCUUAGCUGCAGGCAGCGGGAAUAUUGCCACUGCCAAACAUGAAGGGUUGUCACUGAGUUGGGUGGUUGGCUGUGGACGGAAUAUUGACCAGCUUCCAGUUGUUACCAUCUUAGAGGGCGCUUCUAAGGAUGGCUCCAUGGCUGAAAAACUGAACUAUGACAUUAAGGGCUGGUAUGUCAGCAGUAAUACCCCAAUCAUCAAGAAUAGAGUCAGAAGACAGGCCCCUUUGAUGGGAACCGUUGUUCCCACUGCCCUUCCAACAGGUGCACCUAAACCUACAGAAGUUCUUUCCACUGUAUACCCUUCUACUCACAUCAUCCCCACAGAGAGCUCACCAGUUUUAAGCAGUAUGAUCAGAACAGCAGGUACCCAAGACCCAAUGACCAUGACUGCCAAAGAAACUUCAACCAAAACUGGGAAGGUGUCUAUCUCCCCAACAGUGAAAGCAUCAAAGACAUCUUUCUACAAAACAUCUGUAAUAACUCCUACACCAACACCUGUUGCAACAACUGAAGUACCUACUGAAGCACCUACUCGCGCAUUCAGUCCACCAGUUCCUUCAAUGACAGCUACAGAGAGCCUAGUGGUUAUGCCUACAAUGACAUCAACACCUGUUGCAAGCAUUCCUGUUGACACAAUGGCACCUACAACAGUUGUAAUCAUGCCUACUCCAACUAAACCUGUCACAACUCCAUCAGACACUAUACCAGAACCAACAACACCAAAACCAGCAACCCCAUAUGUCAACAAAGGACCUGAGAUAGUCCACCCUAUUGAAAGAAUAGAUGUCAUAGUAGGAGUUCCUUUUGUGUUUGUAGUCCCUGCAGACACCUACAUGGAUCCCGAAGAUGGUAAUACCCGUGAGCUGUCACUGAUGCUGGUGGAUGCAGAUGGUACGCUCCUGAGCUCUGACUUCUGGCUUAAGUUUGACAAGCAAAAGCAGACAAUGUUUGCUUACACCGAGAAGGUUUUCGAUGUGGAAACAUACGUCAUGAUAGCUCAAGAUAAAGAAGGUGUUGAAUUACGAGAUGCCUUUGAGGUUCAUGUCUUGGAUUCCAAUGCAGUACAAGAGGACCCACCUCCAGUUGCCAUGGGAGCUACUAUUAAUAUUGACUUUGAUGAGUUUAUCAACAAUCCUGAGCUGCAACUUGAUAUCCUGAAUAGAAUAGCCAGUAUCUUUGGCGAUCCUGAUGCUAGUGCCCUGACUAUAACCGGCAUACGGCGCGGUUCAGUCAUUCUCUCUUUCACCAAUAAUACCAUUCCAAAGGAUACCUGUCCUGUCGAGUUGAUAGAAGAACUCAUGAAGAAGCUAGUGACACCUGAUGGCAAGCCAACUCAAGCCCUUAUUGAUGCUUUCUCUCCUAAUUACACCAUUUCUGGUGUUGAGGCAGCUCCUCAAGGCACAUGUGAUGCUACCACUCCAGCACCUACAACUCCUUCCACCAAGGCUUACGUACCUCCUUUAGAUGGCAAUACAAAAGCUAAUGAUGCAUGGAUUACCAAUGUCCUUCCUGGUGUAAUAGUAGCAUUCAUCAUCAUCCUGGCUGGUAUUGUGGUGUUCAUACUCUACCGCAGGAACCGAAAGGGGAAACUGUCAGACGAGGACCAGAAUACGUUCAUCAACAAAGGAAUCCCUAUCAUAUUCACAGAAGAGUUGGACGAGGCUGACAAGCACCCUUCAUCGACACCACUGAUCAUGAAGAAUGAGAAGCCACCUUUACCACCACCAGAAUACUCUGCAGAAGACGGGACGAGACAACCUCUGAUGAGUGAUCACAGAUCUCAAGAUGAUCCAAACAAGCCAUCAAUGCCCAUGGUGGAUCUAGGGGGAUCCCCUCCCUAUGAGCCUCCACCACCAAUAACACCAUCACCACCAGAAAGUAGGAAUCCUCAUGCCCCAAGCACGACGCGAUUUCAAUCACCACCUGCCUAUGUUCCCCCUUAACAUCCUGUGCGUGCUGUAAAUCUGUUGAUCAUCGGAUCCCGGUACCACUUUCUAUCUAACCAAUGCCUUGAUGAUGUACCCUGAUAUCGUCAGUCUCGUCAUGCAGUCUGAAGAGUCCACUUAGAUAAGGGAAAAAGAGACGAUAAUGACUUAAGAAAAGCCUCCUUUCUCUAAUUUUGUACAGGACCUGAAUGGUUCACAUCAAAGAAAGACACUAUUGAUCUUGAUAUAUUUGUCAAACUGUCAAACAAAAUAAAAAUUAGUAGGUCUGGCUCGGGCUUCACAGGCCAUGUGUAUAGUAUACCAAGACCAUCCCUUGAGAUAUGUACUAUAGUGAGUUUUAUAUUUAACUUGUUUAUUUAAUGAUCAUUAAAUAAGUAAUGUGUUCCUUCAAAUGUAAAAGCCAUAUACAUGUGCGAUUGUGCUAUGAAAACUAAAGCUUGAUGACAUUGGGUGACUCAAGUAGUCACAAUGUUCGUAGUUGUGCUUGCUUUCAUUGCUAGAGGGCAGUCUUUACUUGAAAGUCCAAUUCAAAUACAAGAGUUUCUAAGCUGUAAAAUAUUCUUCCAGUGGUUUGACAUGAAAUAAAGGUGUUGUAUUCAAUCAAAUAUGAUGCAAUUUUUCUUCAAAGCCUUUGCUUAUAAGAAGAAGGGGGAAAAGGCAAGUUUUGGUUUUCCUGCAUUUAGUUAGCAUUUACCUGUACUUCCUUGGCAUAAAUGAUAUGUCAUUUGCAAUAUUGACUUUCUGAUUUUUGAUAUGUAUAUACCUGUACAGGUGUAAGAAAGAUGUGAUAGAAUACAAAAACUUGGACGUGUCGACGUGAUGGAACAAUGUUGUCUACAAGCUGUUCAUGUUUCUGAUACCUUUAGUUCUUUCAUUAAUUAUCACCCAUGAAAACAAAUAGCAUCAUGAUUGCAUCAGCAAAUUCUCUCAUCUUAUUUUGUACACUAUGCAUUAUGUAUUUAUGUAUAAUUGACAUGAAGUCAUAUAUUAUAUUUUUGUCUCAUCUCUCCGUUACUUUACAGUUAGAUAGGUGAAGUGUUCAGGCAUGCUUAGUACAGAGGUCUUGUGGUAGUGUAUUUUCUGAACAUGGGGAUCAGAAAAUAAGUGUUUUUGCUGUAAGUAAGGAAGCAAACUAGUAUGAUGCACAACUCAUUCCUGCAUUAUCGUUUGUAUGCAAAUGAGAUGGAAUAGUCCUUUCUAUUUGUAUAUUAUGUUGUCAACUUUACAACUAAAUGACAUUGUUUUUAUUUCUUUUUUAUUUGGCAACGACUGAAGUUAACAUGUCGAAACGGAUGCUAUUGCUAUCGUUCAGGAAUUUCUUUUUUAAGUCACAAUUUUUUUUUUAACGUUUCAGGUUUAAAGGCUCUCCAAGACAACUGUGAAUGCUGUUUGUCAUACGAGGGCAUUUGAAAUAUUGUACAUAGUAGGAAUUGAAAAUAUGAUAUGUAUGAAUUAUCCAACAUCAUGUACAAUAUUAGAGACAGCUGUGUAGCCAUAUCUUUCAUCUAUAAUUUCUUCUGCGUGAUCUCGAUAGAAUGUUUUAGCGCUUUGCAUGGUCUUGCAAGCCAACUCCUGGUCCUGAAUUUCAACAGUACUCCUUAGUCUGUGGCAAGUCUCGCCAGUUAACCUAGUAUCACUAGCAGUACUGAUACAUGAUUCUUGUACUAAACUUUUUCAAUAUUGAGAACUGUACUAUGUCACGGCAUUUAUUUCAUCUCUAGUUAAAUAGAAAUGAAUUCAUGAAGAAUGACAAGUACUAUAUUGAAUAGCCUGAACAUCAUUUUAGCUGAUGUUACCUCACAGUAUAGGGAUUUGGUAUUAAUAUGACACAAAAUACUGACAGUGGCUGCUUUGAAUUGUAAUUGUAAUGGUCAUCCAAUUUUGCUUAUAGCAUGUACAGUUAACACAAAGCAUGUCACAGAAGAUGCUCAGAAGAUGUUAAAAUCAUUUCAACUGAUUCAUUGACUUCAAGAACUGAAUGUCAAAUGUCAUAUUUUUAAAAGCUCUCAUACGAGGAAUCAGGCAGUUGGAAACGUAGUGUGAUUGAACGCUGCUGCAUUUGUUCUAAAAAAAAAUAAAAAAAUUUGAGACUUCUAUUUUAUAUACAUUAAAGAAAAGAUAGAAAAUGAUGAAAGUUAAUCACACAAUCUAGAAUAAAUAGCUUGAGCUUAUGUUCGUAAUCAAGAUUUAUCAUACAUUAUUGAUCUAUGAAAAAUGAGCAUGGAUUUGAAAUAUUUCUAUGUGAGAGCAUUAUAAAGUUGGUUAUGGGUGCUCGGACUGCUUGACAAAUCAUGGAAUAGUAUUCCCGUAAAAAAUAAGAUUAUCUAACCUAGUACUGACUAUCUAACAAAGAAUGAUUGAAGCACUGUAGUGUCUGACUGUUGAUUGAUGUUGCAUUUAAAAGAAAAGAAGAAAAAAUAUUGAUUAUGUAAAAGUCCAAAUUAAGCAUCAGUCAUGUGAAAUCUUUUGAACAAAUCGUAAUCAGAUUUCAAAAUUGGAAGUUAAAUAUUCAGGCCUUUUAUAUUUUAAUUAUGGUGUUGCGUUUAAUCCAGGAAUUCAAGUUAUAUUUUAGCAGAGGAAAUAUUCUGCUGUUCCUGAUGCCAAAAGAAGCAAAAGGUCAUGUGUUUACUUAAAAAUUAGAAUGCUAUUGACUUGAUUCAAUCAAAGCUACUUUUUAUAGUACUUUGUUUACUAAUCAUAGAGUUUUUUUACACAAAAAUGUUUUAAUAGCCUUGAUUUUUAUCCACAAAAAGAAAGCAGUGCUAUUUUCUUCAUGGAGAGCUUUAAGCUCACUUAUCUUUGACUGAUAAUGAUGGUCACUGUGGGCUUCAAGUCUGUUUGUAUUUGUGUGAUUUAAGAUGAUAACUUAUGAGGAUUAAUAGCAUGAAUACUUCUUGUGGUUUUUCUAGAGUUAUAGCACUUUUGCACUUCCACUUUCUGUUAUUUGGAUAAGAACUAGAGAAUGUUUAAAAUACUUCUUGUUUGGUUUUGACACGCCCUUUUAUCUUGUAGUUACUCUUGUUUUGACAGAGAUAAUGUAUUAUUCUAUGUCACUUUUUGUACAUAAGAUUUCUCUUGUUGUAAUCUGUUUGAUAAUGAUAGCAAGUUGGAUAUUUGAUCGAAUUAUGUGUGUUUUUAAACAUAAUGCAAAAAGACAACACAUGAUUAUGUGUUUGAUGACAUUUGAAGUAUUUAUCGAGACAUGGUUCUUGUUUAUAUGUCCCCAUCACUAUUUUGUCUUUUUAUUUCAAAGAAUUAUGUAUAAGAAUCACAAGGUGCUUAGAUAAAACAACUUGUACAUAUAUUUAAAACCAAGUUUUGUUUUAGCCAACUGUUACGCAGAUCUUUGAUUUUCUAUGAUUUUGUUUCUUUUUUUAUAAAUUCAUUAUGAGUGCCCAAACUCAGAGAAAAUAGAUUUCUGAGCGAUACUUGCAAGAUAUAUUCAAUUCCUGCAUUUUUUGGUCCAUGAGAAAGAAAAAGAGCAUGAGCUAUGGAUCCAUGAAGAUGGUCAUUUUGUUCAAGUGCAUAGUGCAAAGGACCUAAAGAUAAAAGUAAGAGAUUUAUGUUGUGAUAACUAGUAUCAUGACGAUUCAGACGAUACAAACAAAUAUCUGUGAUUAUCUCACAAAGUAGAAAGUGGUAUGAGAGAAGUACAAGAAGAUCACAGGUUUAAGCUGCUGAUCUUUUGAUUAUGGAGAAUAUCAUUAGCAUUUCUUUAAGUAUUCUUACUAGUUAUUAGAUACAUCAGCUUUUGAUAAGAUUUCAGCAAAAUGUCUCCUUUAAAUAGUACCCUGGCAAUGAACAUGAGGGAAACUUGGAUGAAAAUAUUACUCGAGUAGCUGGCAGACUGGCCGAAUUGCACUUUGAUCAUUCAAAAUUAUUAAAAAUAGCUAUUGGGCAGUGGGUGUUGCCCUCAGAUACUCUUUAGGGCACUUCAUGCCAGUUUGUGGAAUGGUUUGAAAGACACUUGGAUGCAUUUCUGACUGGGUAAUAUAUGUAAAAGAGAGAUAGUAACAGAUAAGAUGUUGCUUGAUUGGUGUGCUCAUACAGUAUAAGACAUCAUGCCUAUUAUAGAAGUAGAACCAUAUAGUAUUCGUCAGAAAUAAAAUAUGUGACUUGUAUUCAAAAUAAAAACAGAUAUUAUCUUUAGCGUGUACAUCUUGUAAAAGAAGACUUGUAAGAUAUAACAUUUUCAGUUAAAUUACAUAGUUAUGAUCAUUAUGUAUAGUUUUCAUCUUUUUUAUGGAAAGACCUGCUGCUUCGUUUUUUUUUUCUUCACAUAUUUUUUUUCUUCAUAGAUGCAGCCAAAAGUAAUAGUUUUUGUGUAUAUUAUUUUUUGUACUCCAAACUUGCCGAUCAUAGGUAACCUACAUUGUGCGGCCCAUUUAGUAUUUAUCAACCUCUAUAAUUAUGUACAUGUAUGUAUGUAUGUUUGUUUCUAUUGUAAUGUUCAUCAAUAAUAAUAAAAAAAAGUACUGUUGUGAUUAUACA